AUGCAAGCAGAAGUGACUCCAAACAGUUCAACGUCUUCUAGCAGGCGGGCACAGUCCGCUGGCAGCAUCGACGAGGAAAUCGAAAUCGCCAUUAGUGAUGUCCAAUAUCUCUUAAUUCUAAACAACGAGGUUAACUUCCUCCUCGACAUCAAGGUCGAGGGCGAUGCGCCCACAUUAGUGCUCGUGUACACGACUGCUGCAGGCCAAGAAGUCACCAAGUCUGCUCUGCGCAAGUUCCGCACGGAUGCACUUGAGCGAGAUGACGUUUCCCAGCCCAGCUUCUAUCGUAACUUUGUUUUCUAUGGAGGCAAGAAAGCAGACAUUAGCCUUGAGCCCAAUGCGCAAGACGAGCUGGCCGUGUGGAAUGUGGAGACACUGACAUUUGUAGCAAGCAACCCGGCUGCUGAAGUCGCCCCUGAGCCAUAUGUAGUGCUAAGAGGGAAGACCUGGCAACCGUGGAGGAUCUACUACGAUUUCAACGCAUGCUUUAUGACCUCAUUCAAGCCUUCACCAGAGGCCCCGGGAAGAUGA